CAAUGUGGGAUACUCCACUUUUCUUGGGUGCAGCAUCAGGGAUUAUAGAAGUGGUGAAGCGAAUAGUUGAAAGGUAUCCUGAAGCUGUUUCUUGUAUUAACGAUGAUGGCCUCAACGUACUGCAUGUGGCAGUGAAGCACCGUCAGUUAAAAAUCUAUGACUACAUAAUGAAUACUCCAGCGAAGGAGUCGUUGAUAACACGAGUGAGUAAAGAUAAACGUACUAUCUUGCACCAAGCUGCAAGCAUGGACUACUUCAGAGAAGAAAGCGUGGCUGGUGUGGCAUACCAACUGCAACAUGAGCUACAAUGGUAUCAACGAGUCAGUGAAAUUGUUCCGAGACAAUACUUGAUGCAUGCCGACAAAGAUGGUUUAACACCAGGAGAUCUUCUGGACAUAGAUCAUGCAGAUAUGCAUAAUGAGGCAAAACAAUGGAUGAAGGACACAUCUCAGUCAUGUUCCACUGUUGCAGUGCUAAUUGCUGGUGUUGUCUUUGCAGCUGCAUAUGCCAUCCCAGGAGGAAAUGAAGGGGGAAGAGCUGUGUUAAGUAACUCUUCUACAUUCAGAAUUUUCACCAUCAUGGAUGUUGUGGCUCUGGCCACCUCAUUGGGUUCAGUGGUCAUGUUUCUUUCAAUACUCACUUCUUCAUUUGAAUUGUGGGAAUUUCACAAGUCAUUGCCUCGAAAGUUGAAGUUGGGAUUUAUGAUGCUAUUUUUCUCACUCAUCACCACAAUGCUAGCAUUUGCUGCCACCAUAUUGCUCACCAUUCGAUUGGAGGGGAACAAGAAGUCAACGACUUUAGCAUAUAGCUUGGCCUUUAUCAUCGUUUCUAUAUUUGGGUUGACACAAUUUCCUUUAUAUAAAAUGCUCGAAGAUCAGUUCGAGAAUUGUUCCAAAAUUUGGAAGUCAUUGCAUAAAAUAGUUUAAAGAUCUAUAACACGCAUGUUCAACUUGACCUAUACUUUCAUUAUUCCCUAUAAUUCAUUAGUUUCCUAUUGUGAUUUUGGUGAGUUGUUAUUGUGUGUGUUUUGGUGAGUUGGUAUUUUGUUUCAAUAGUCACAUCAGUCCCAAACAAGUUUGCUGAGUUAUGGAUAUACUAGCUAGCUCAUGUGCUUGCAAGUAUUUAUAUAUG